AUUCUUUUAACUGUAAUUUUGGCAAAUGGAUUUUGAUGAUUUGUUUUGGUUUAUAAAUUGAGUUCUGUUUUUCUAUGAAUUAUUAAAAAUGAAAAUGGUUAUCAAUUUAUCUUCCUGUGCCUUGUUUCUAUUUACUAUAUCAUUCAUUAGUACUAUCACUUACGCUCAGUAUGAAGAUGUGCGAUGCAAAUGUAUAUGUCCUAGCCCAGAAGUAGUCAAGGGCAAUAAAACUGAAAGAAAACUUUAUAUUGCUAAUGUUGUUCCUUCUCAAUGCAAAUGUGAAGGAGUUGUAAUGCCUCAAGCAGAUGACUAUCUGAGAGCUAAAGAAAAAGAGUUCUGUCCAAGAUGUGAAUGUCGCUAUGAACGUCGGAAUACCACAACAAUAUUUGUUGUGGUAAUUAUAAUUAUUUGGGUAAUCUCGUUAUUGACUGUAUAUAUGUUGUUCUUGAUGUGCCUGGAUCCGCUUUUGAAUAAACGAAGAACCGCAUAUCAAAAGCAUGAAAAUGAAGAAGUCACUUUGGAAGGGCAGGAAGGGAUUUAUGUUAUACCUGGGAGUGAACCCAUGGCUACAGCUAUGAGACCUCGAGCAGGCACUACAAAUGUUUUGAAUAGAGUUGGCGAGCAACAAGAUAAAUGGAAGCGGCAAGUUCAAGAGCAAAGAAGAAUUAUUUAUGAUCGUCAUACAAUGUUAAAUUAGUUUUGUUAUCCUUCUUAGUUUUUCCUAUUAUAUUUUAUGCUUAGGUUUUCCUGAAAAAAUGUUGUAUAAAAAUGUUGAUACAAAGGAAAAAGAUUUUUUUCUUCUAUUAAAGAUUGUGAAAAUACUAUUCAUGAUUAAAUGUUUCUAUUUAAUUUUAUUUUGAUUUAUGCAUUUGCUUUUGUGUUAAAAUAUCAAUUUCACUCUGAAAUACUUUUAUCAUUAAUAAUGAUGAGCUAUUACACCGACUAUUGAUGAUAAAAAAUUGCUUCUGAUCAAUUUUUUUUUAAUAAAGAUUGAUUUAUUCUGUUAAAUUAGAUUUAUUUACUUAAUUUUUUUAAUUUUUUUUAUUGAUCUCUUAAUUUUGAGUUGGAGCAAAAAUAUUCCAGUAUUUUUGGCACUUUUUUAAAUUUAAAAUGUUUGAAUACAUUUAUUUACUUUUUAUUAAUGUUAUAGUUUUAUUUGAUAGUCCCAUCAUGGCUUUGCUAAAAUUGUUUUCCAUAUGUAUUAAAUAUGUUAUAAUUCUGUAACAUAGUCAAUUUGAAAAUAUAAAAAGGCUCUCUCUGCAAAACAUUAGGCUAUUAAAAUAAAUCCAAUGUUUUUUUUUUUAAUUGUUAACAUUUGUUAAUUGUUUUUUUAUUGUUAAGUAAAUGCUAAACAUAUAAAAAUCUAUCAAUUAUUUAAUUCUAUUUUUCUUGCAUGUUAUUUUCUAUUAUCUGAUGGUUUUGUUAUUUGAUCUAGUCUUGUUUUUUGGUGAUAAAUUGCUAUUUGAUUUUGAUGCUAGAUAAAAUAUUAAAAAUGUCUAUUAUAAUUUGUAACAAUAGUGUUCUCAUACUUGAAAAUUAGUCUUUUUUUUAAACACAGAUCCCAACAUAAAUUAAUGUUUGAUAAAUCUUAUGUGUGUGUUGUUUUCCUAUCUUUUUUGAUAUUUAGUGCAUCCUAUUUGGGAGCAGAAAUAUGCUGGAGAAGUACUAUUUUUGAAAUAAAUAAAAAUUACUUGUAUGAACACAAAAAUGAGAGUAACUACAUUUUUUGACAGAUCUCAUUAAAUUGAUUUUAAGACUUAUGUAUAUCUGUUCAAAUUGUUCUUUGUUUAAACUUUUGUUUAAAUAGAAAUGUGUUCUUUAAAACAUGUAAAUUUUCAAAACAAUUUCUACUACAUUUUUUUAUUUUAUAGUUUUAUUUAAAUUGGUUAGUAAUUUUUAUAUUAAGUAUAAACUGCUCAUAAAAUUGUUUUGGUGUAUUUUUUUUAACUUAAAAUUACUACAGUAUUUUUGUACAGAUUUAAAUAUUAUUAACAAUCUAAUGUUUCUUUGAAUACUAAUAAGCCCAAUUUUACAGUUAUUCAGAAGUUCAGUUGAAGAUCAGGCAAAAUCACUUAAAAGUAAAAAGUAUUUUUUUCCUUGGAAUAGUUUUCUUAUUAUUUUUAUUACAAAUUAAGAUGUUUUGUAAAUUACUGAAUACCAAUCACUAAUAUCUGUCAGUUUCCAUUAAUUCAUUUGCGAAUUUUUUAUAUGCUUAUUUUUAUUCAUUCAUUCAUUUAAAUCGUAUGCUGUAUAGCAUUUUAUAUGAUAUGAUUGGUACAUAUAUGUGUAACAAUCAUAUUUUGCCCUUAAUUAAAUCCAUAUCAAGUUUAGUUGGAAUUAGUCAACAUUUAGUGUUUUGAGAAAUUUUUUAAGUAGCUACUCUCUUUCAAACCACAUUUUGUUUGAAUCUUAAAAAUUGCAUAUUUUUUUUGAAGAUAAUACAGUUAAACAAAUAGGGAAUUUCUCUCUAUUAUGUUUUAGUUUUUUAUAUUAAAUAUUUUGCUACACUGUGAAAAAUAGUUUUUAUAAAAUACUGGGUGUGUCUAAGAUGACUAACAAUUUGAAAAAUAAAUAAGGAAAAAUUUGAUGUAAAUUGUUUGAAUCACAUACUUUAUUCUCAUUAAGCUUUGAAAUUUGUUACCAAAUUGAUGGUGAUGCUGAAUAACAACUACAAAACAGUGUUUUUUACUGCAUGUAAGACCAUUCUAACUGGAAUAGGCUGCCUGUUAGUUUUGCUCUCAAAUUGCCUCACAUCGCAGCAAAUGGUGGUUGUUUUAAAAACAUAGUUUUAUAAUUUUCUUCCAGUCAGUAAUUCCGUCUGAAUCCUUGAUGAUGAACUUUUCCGAUGAACUUUUCAACUAAUUUCUGUACUUAUACUCUGUUGCAAGUUAAGAAAAAACCAUUAUCCUUAUGGGGAGAGCCUGUUUGCAUCAAAGUGCUUGCUAAAUAGAUACUAAACUGCCAGCGUGAACGUAUAUCGACAUCGCCAACUAUUGAAAUGAUGUUGCACACCUUUCUCUUUGCCUGCUUUCUUAAAUCAUGUGAAGGGAGAACAGUAAAACUUAUUCUUUGUUGAUAAGACUAUUGUUUUGUUAAUAAGAAUGAAUAAAAUUGAUGUCUAAAAUUCAUAACAAAUAUUCUGUUGGUAUAUAAAAAAAACUAAUGAAAGAGUAGUAGAUAUUGUUUCUUACAGACGAUUUUCUUCUACAGCAUUAUGAAAGAAAAAAAAAUCCUUAUCUCUCCUUUGAUUUGUUAAGGGUAUGUCAGAACAAGACGCACCAUUUUUAGUGGUUCAAUCAAAUCCAAUGUUCUUGCGACAUCUUAUAGUUGUUUCUUUUUCAAGACAGAAUGCUCUUCUUAUUUAUUGAAAUAUGUCGCUGAGUCUAGAAUUCUUGUAAGACUAUGAAACUACAACCCUUUUUUAAUAAUUAUAUGGCAUGAAUUAAAUUUCUUUCUGGUGAGUUGAAUUUUUUAAAGCUUUUAUAUAGUUUUGAAAGCAUAUUUAUAUAAUUAGACAACUAAAUAAAACAGAACUAUAUGCAGUCGUGGAUGAUUAAUUAAAUCCUAUACUGCCAUUUUCUUUUCUUGACUUACAACAGUGAUGUUAACUCUUUGGUCUCUUCACAACACUUCAAACUGUGCAUUUCUCUCUACUUCCGCAUUUGUUUUUGAAAUUGAUCUUUCAAAUUGUUCUUUAUUUAAACUACACCACUCAGUUAUUUUCUUUAAACAUAUUUUUUUUUUAUUUCAAUGCUAAAUUAUUGAAUAGUUAGAUCAUUAAAUUUACCUAAUGAAUGACCUGUUACAUAAUUAGUGCAGUUGUAUAAUUACUGAGUGAGCCAAUUAAAACUGAUAUGUGUGAAACAAAUAAAUAGAUUUAGUUUAAAUGGUGGUUCAAAUUAAUAAGGUUAUUUAUAAAAUCUUUUCGGAUAUAUUUUAUCUUAAAAAGCUACCUGUAUAAGCAUUUAUCACCAAAUAUGUAUAUAAUAUUUAAUACUUGUACAUAAUAGUGUAUGAAGUGUGUAUUGUUUAUAUUUUUGUGAAAGUUCUUUGAACGACACCUUUUGGGAUCUGGGCAUUUCUUUGUAAAUAUAAUUGUUGCUGUGUAAAUUGAUCUCCUGUCUACUUUCACUCCUUAUAUUAAUCAAGAAAAAUGUGUACAUAUAUAUUUAUGAGAUUGAAUUCAUAUAUAUUCAUUUAGAUUUGUAGAGCUCAUAUAUUUAUUUCUUUUAUUCUAAGAGCAUUUUACGUUGUAUUCAACAACUGAAAAAUAAAUCGAGUUUGAAAAGA